CGAGCAUCUAGGCCGCAUGCGCGGUAUCAGCACGGGGAGAGCCAGGGUUGAGGGGGGGGAAAGAAAACACGCGAGAACAAAUUGGAGGGAGAUGGUUGGGCUGCAGCUGAGUUUCCAAUCCUGAAUAGGCUGGUCUGGUUAUUGUUAGAGCGCCAUGGCGUCGAAUUCGACCAAGUCUUUCUUGGCAGACGCCGGCUACGGCGAACAGGAACUGGAUGCGAACUCAGCCCUCAUGGAACUAGAUAAAGGGCUGAGAUCUGGCAAACUUGGAGAGCAGUGUGAAGCAGUUGUACGAUUUCCUAGACUCUUUCAAAAGUAUCCAUUCCCUAUUCUCAUCAAUUCUGCAUUCCUAAAGCUGGCUGAUGUUUUCAGAGUUGGAAACAACUUCCUCAGGCUAUGUGUACUUAAAGUCACUCAACAAAGUGAAAAGCAUUUGGAGAAGAUUCUGAAUGUGGAUGAGUUUGUGAAGAGGAUCUUUUCUGUGAUUCAUAGCAAUGACCCUGUGGCAAGAGCUAUUACUCUCCGGAUGUUGGGAAGUUUGGCAUCCAUCAUUCCUGAGAGGAAGAACGCUCAUCAUAGUAUUCGUCAGAGUCUGGAUUCACAUGAUAAUGUGGAAGUUGAAGCUGCUGUGUUUGCUGCUGCUAAUUUCUCUGCACAGUCCAAGGAUUUUGCUGCAGGAAUCUGUAACAAAAUCAGUGAAAUGAUUCAAGGUUUAGCCACACCAGUAGACUUGAAACUGAAAUUGAUCCCCAUAUUGCAACACAUGCAUCAUGAUGCAAGCCUGGCUUCCAGUGCUCGACAACUCCUGCAACAGCUGGUCACAUCCUAUCCCUCCACCAAGAUGGUCAUUGUUACACUGCACACUUUUACCCUGCUUGCUGCGUCAUCUUUGGUUGAUACUCCGAAGCAGAUUCAGCUCCUAUUACAAUACUUGAAGAAUGAUCCGAGGAAAGCAGUAAAGAGACUUGCUAUUGAGGACUUGAAGUUACUUGCAAAUAAAACACCACAUACAUGGAGCAAAGAGAACAUCCAGAUGCUCUGUGAAUGUGCCCUCCAAACCCCUUAUGAUAGUUUGAAACUAGGAAUGCUCUCUGUCCUGUCCACAUUGUCAGGGACUAUAGCAAUCAAGCAUUACUUCAGCAUUGCUCCAGGAAAUACAGUUACUUCACCAAGGUCAUCUGAUUUAGUCAGAUUGGCACAAGAAUGCUGUUACCAUAAUAACCGUGGUAUUGCAGUUCAUGGAGUCAGGGUCCUAACUAAUAUAACUGCUUCUUGUCAAGAAAAAGAACUUUUGGCAUUGGAGCAGGAUGCAGUCUUUGGCCUUGAAUCUCUCCUGGUGCUUUGCAGUCAAGAUGAUAGUCCAGGUGCUCAAGCAACUUUAAAGAUUGCUUUGACUUGUAUGGUGAAGCUAGCCAAGUACCGUCCUCAUCUCAGCCAGUCAGUGGUUGAGUCUUUGCUAACUCAGUUGCACAGUGCUCAAGACGCAUCCAGGAUUCUCAUGUGCCACUGUUUGGCUUCCAUUGCCAUGCAGCUGCCAGUGUUGGGUGAUGGGAUGCUUGGAGAUUUAAUGGAGCUCUACAAAGUGAUUGGACGUUCUGCUACAGAUAAGCAACAGGAGCUUUUGGUUUCUUUGGCUACUGUGAUUUUUGUGGCCAGUCAGAAAACAUUAUCUGCUGAAGUUAAAACUGUUAUUAAACAACAACUUGAGAACGUUUCUAAUGGUUGGACAGCAUACCGGAUUGCCAGACAGGCAUCUAGGAUGGGUAAUCAUGACAUGGCCAGAGAACUUUAUCAAAGUCUGCUUACUCAGGUAGCCUCAGAACAUUUCUACUUUUGGCUGAACAGUUUGAAGGAAUUCUCCCAUGCAGAGCAGUGUCUCACAGGUUUGCAAGAAGAGGAUUAUAGUUCAGCACUUUCCUGCAUUGCUGAGUCUUUAAAAUUCUACCAUAAAGGGAUAGCAUCCUUAACAGCUGCCAGCACACCACUGAAUCCUCUAAGUUUUCAGUGUGAGUUUGUAAAACUCAGAAUUGACGUUCUGCAGGCCUUUUCUCAACUUUUCUGCACCUGUAAUAGUUUAAAGACAAGUCCUCCACCUGCUAUUGCUACAACCAUAGCCAUGACCUUGGGGAAUGACCUUCAGAGAUGUGGCCGCAUCUCUAAUCAGAUGAAACAGUCUAUGGAAGAAUUCCGAAACCUAGCUUCCCGUUAUGAGGAUCUGUAUCAGGCAUCUUUUGAUGCAGACUCAGCAACGUUGAGGAACAUUGAGCUACAGCAGCAGAGUUGUUUGCUGAUCUCUCAUGCAAUAGAAGCCCUGAUUUUGGAUCCAGAGUCAGCAAGUUUCCAGGAAUAUGGUUCCACUGGAUCAGCACAUGCUGAUAGUGAAUAUGAAAGAAGAAUGAUGUCUGUGUAUAAUCAUGUCUUAGAAGAGGUGGAAUCACUGAACCGGAAAUAUGCUCCUGUCUCUUAUAUGCACACAGCUUGCCUCUGCAAUGCUAUCAUUGCCUUGCUGAAAGUUCCCCUUUCAUUUCAGAGAUACUUUUUCCAGAAACUACAAUCUACCAGCAUUAAGCUUGCUCUGUCACCAUCCCCACGCAACCCAACAGAACCCAUUGCAGUCCAGAAUAACCAGCAACUGGCUCUAAAGGUAGAAGGAGUGGUUCAGCAUGGAUCCAAACCAGGACUCUUUCGUAAAAUUCAGUCUGUCUGUUUGAAUGUCUCUUCAACAUUACAGAGUAAAUCUAUACAAGACUAUAAGAUACCCAUUGACAGUAUAACCAAUGAGAUGGAGCAGAAUGUUGAACCACACAAUGAUUAUUUCAGCACUCAGUUUUUGUUGAACUUUGCUAUCCUUGGAACUCACAACAUCACAGUUGAGUCUUCUGUGAAGGACUCCAAUGGAAUUGUAUGGAAGACUGGACCUAAAACCACCAUCAUCGUGAAAUCUCUCGAAGAUCCUUACUCCCAGCAGGUUCGCCUCCAACAACAGCAAGCACAGCAGCCCUUGCAACAACAACAGCGUAAUGCAUAUUCUCGGUUUUAGCCACCAGAUGUUCAUUUAUAAGAGAACUUUUGAUUUCCCUCUUCUGUUUUUUUAAAAGGCAUGGGAAUGGGAAAAGGAGGAUAAUAUCUUUCCUGCCUACCUCAUCAAUUGAGAAUAAUGUACAUCAAAAAUUUCUAAAGCACUAUAGAGAUGUCUAAGGCAGUUGACUGAAAUAUUUAGGUUUGCCAUAUGGAUGAUUCUCUAAAUUUAAAUUUUAUCCAUAUGUGUGUAAUUUCCUUGAGGAAAGGCUAGGUAGUAAAGGAAAGAGGUGGUAAAUAGGGUCUCUGGGAAUUUUUUAGUUCUUUUGUGUGUUUGGGUUUGUUUUUUGUUUUGUUUUUAUU